GGCGGCUCCUCCCGGAGCUCAGACGCCGGAGGAUGGAGUGCCGGGAGGCCACCGUGUCCUUCCUGAGCUGGGCUCUGAUCGUCGGGGGCGGACUCUACCUGCGGCACCAGACCCGGACCGGGGCUCUGUACGGACGCUACGUGUCGGCGAACAGCCGCUGCUGCCCGGCCCGGCUGGGCUGGUUCCUGCAGGAGGUUCCGUCCUUCCUGCUGCCGCUGCUGCUGCUGCUGCUCCCCGGGCAGCGGGACGCCGAGCAGCGGGACGCCGGGAGGAGGCUGCUGCUGCUCGGCAGCUUCAUGCUGCACUACUUCCACAGGAGUUUCAUCUACGCCUUCCUGACCAGAGGGCGACCCGUCCCGCUGAUCAUUGUCCUCUGCGCCACCGUCUUCUGCUCGCUCAACGGCUUCCUGCAGGGACACUACCUGCUGCACUGCAGCUGCUGGAAAGACACCUGGCUGACGGACGCCCACCUGGCUGCAGGUUUGCUUGUGUUUGUGGUUGGUAUGAUCAUCAACAUCCACAGCGACCACAUCCUGCGCCGCCUCAGAAAACCUGGAGAGAUCGUGUACAGGAUCCCCCACGGGGGAAUGUUUGAGUUUGUUUCGGGGGCCAACUUCUUCGGUGAGAUCGUACAGUGGUGUGGUUACGCCGUGGCGGUGAGCUCUUUGCCAGCCUUCGCCUUCGCCUUCUUCACCGCCUGCUCCAUCGGGCCCAGAGCCUACCAGCAUCACAGAGACUACCAGCGCAGGUUCGAGGACUAUCCUCGCUGCAGAAGGGCUCUGAUCCCGUUCCUCCUCUGACCAGCGUCUCUGUUAUUACUGCUCAUAUUUUCCAAUGUGCAGCAAAGAGUGAUGGAACCAGUGGAAAUAAAGACGGCAUGAGACAGACGAUGUGUUCGUGGUCAUUUCAGCGUCCACUGCGGGGAGUCGGACCUGUUGUCUGUCUGCUGGUUCAUAUCCAAGCCUGAUCCUGGACUUACAGUCUGACGAGGGCCACAUACGCACAAAAGCAGCCAAUUCCUCCUUUUUUAUGCAUUUUGACAAGUAGAAUAAAUGUUUUACAUGUUAUAAAAUGUGUUUCUAAGACUCUUUGGUGCAGAUUUCUGUAUUCUGAAGCCUUUGUUCAGGUUUUAAACGACAUUUUAUUUCUAAAAACAUGUUUUUUCUCUCCGACUGCUGACAGUAUUUUAAAUGAUAAAAAGAAAAACGUAAAUCUCUUCCAUGAAAACCUUUGACUCCAAUAUGUGAAUAAAAUGAAGGAGAAAAAAA